AUGCGCUACGCCGAAAUUGGCGCCUCGGUGGAUAAGUUCCUGUUUCUCGCCGCGAAAUCCGGGAGCGCGGAUGUUUUCUACAGUAGCAUCGGCGGGGGUGGCGGGGAGAUGGUGGAAGGCUCGCUGCGCGGGGGAAUGCCGGGAGGGCCGCGGGAGGGGGGAAGCGGACAGCACCGUGCGGGGACUUCAAGACAAGGGGAAUCGUCAUUUAUGAAUGGGUUUGAUGCGGUGGAAGGCGGCGGCGGGGAGGAUAUGCGCGGUGUGCACGGAACUGCCCGUUUGGAGCGCGGACGAGAGGAGGAAGGGGGGGAGGGAGCGGGGGAGGGGGAGGGCGAGGAAAUUGAGAGGGAAAGAGGGCAGCAGCAGCAGCAGCAGCAGCAUGAGGAGGAGGAGGAGGAGGGAGGAAGAAGGCUAUUUGGAUUUUCUUUUCCCCACACUUACAUGGCACGUGAUGCAGCAUCAGCAGCAGCAGCAUCAGCAGCGUCAGUGGACCUAACUCUAAAGCAAGUCAUGGGGCCGAGCGACGACUCGCUAAAGCGCAUGAUGCCCGUUAUUAUCUUCGCCAUUAUAAGGGGCUUUGACGAGUUUCGCGACGUCAUUCCCUGUCUAUUGUUGAAGUUGCCCCUGCUGCAGCAGCUGCUGCUGGUUGACGUCACUGACAACGUCACCAUCCACAUGCGCCCGCACCACAUGGCGCAGCUUCGGCGGGCCAACCGACGGACGUUCGGCGGGAGCCUAGGCUUGGAGAGCCUGGGCUCGGAAGGUUUAGGUCCGGAGAGUCUAGGUGUGGAAAGUAUCGUUUUGGGGGAAGGGAGCAGUGGGAAUGGCCGGGGGUUAGAUGACUGUGGGCGAGCUGAAGACGCUUUGCCUACAGACAUGGUUUCAGAGAUGGGUGGUGGCAUGGGUGGUGGCAUGGGUGGUGGCAUGGGUGGCGGCAUGGGUGGCAGCAUGGGUGGUGGCAUGGGCAUAGAUGGUGCGGGAAGCAGUGGGCUAGGCAUGGGGGUAGGGGCAGGAAGUGGCACGAGUGUGGGUAUGGGGGUAGGGUUGCGAGCAGGCAGCACGCGUGUGGGCAUGGGGGCAUCGGAUGCGUUUGGGGAUGAGGAGUUUCGGCCAGAGCUGCUGGGAGCUGGUAUGGACGCUGGUAUGGAUGCUGGUAUGGAUGCUGGCACGGGUAUAGAUGGUGCGGGCAGCAGUCAUGUGGGCAUGGGGGCAGCAUCAGAGGCGUUUGGAGAUGAGGAGUUUCGCCCAGAGCUGCUGGGAGCUGGCACAGCAGAUCAUACCCCCGUGCUAGAAACCGCUGUUCCUGCUGAACUUUCCAGGCGGGACCUUUCUUGCCAUCCUGACUCGCCCAACUUCCACGUGUCGUUCUGGCGCACGGACAGAGUCCGGGUGGCUUAUCCACUGCCACGUCAGCACCAGGAGCUGACUGACGUGUCAGUAUGUGUGGCCACGCAGGACUCUGUUGCGCUGGAUGACGCUGACGUGGCGGAGCUUGCCAGGUCAGCUGUCGGUGGGCCUGUGCUGGCUGCCACUGUGGCGUUUCUCAACAGCCAAUCAUCCAUGCAUGCACUGUAG